UGCAUAUGUGUAAGUCUCUUCACCAUCUCUCUCUCAAGUCUCAAUGGCCCUGACGCUGAGUGCCAUCACCUUCCAAAAAUGCCCCUCCUUCGCUCUCCCAUCUCCCGCCUUAUGCAUGGCUCGCUCUGCUUCUAAGUAAGCUCCUUAUUUAUUUUCAGUGCAUAUUUCCUGCUCUCUCUAUCACUCUGCUUCAUGUGUUGGAAACCUCAUCAUUGCCUUGCAUAAGCCAAGAAAUAUGCUCUUGAAUGUUAAUACUUCAUAUUUCUGCGUUCCAAAAUAGCAGUUAAUAAUUUCUAUGUGCCUGCACUGCACUGCACGAAUCUUUUGUAGAGAUAUUGAGACUAUAAAGAAGCCUUUCAUCAGUCCACAACAAAAAGUGCAUGUUCAAGUAACAACACACUCCAUGCCUCCACAAAAAAUGGAGAUAUUUAAAUCUUUGGAAGGUUGGGCUGAGGAUAAUGUGCUAAUCCACCUCAAGCCUGUAGAAACUUGCUGGCAGCCUCAGGAUUUCCUGCCGGAUCCGUGUCGUGAUGACUUUCAGGAGCAGGUGAAGGAAUUGAGGGAAAGAGCCAAAGGGAUUCCGGAUGAUUAUUUUGUUGUUUUGGUUGGCGAUAUGAUCACCGAAGAAGCUCUUCCUACGUAUCAAACGUAUCUGAAUACAUUCGAUGGUGUGCGGGAUGAAACAGGGGCGAGCCCCACUCCUUGGGCAGUUUGGAACAGGGCAUGGACUGCUGAGGAGAAUAGGCAUGGUCAUCUUCUUAAUAAGUAUCUCUACCUAUCUGGACGAGUGGAUAUGAAACUAAUUGACAAGACUAUCCAAUAUCUUAUUGGUUCAGGAAUGGAUGUUGGGACACAGAACAAUCCAUACCUUGGAUUUAUAUAUACAUCCUUCCAAGAGAGAGCUACUUUCAUCUCCCAUGGCAACACUGCAAGGCUAGCGAAGAAGCAUGGGGACAUCAAACUAGCUCAAAUCUGUGGCACCAUUGCAGCAGACGAGAAGCGCCAUGAAGCUGCAUACACCAAGAUAUCAGGAAAGCUAUUCGAGAUGGACCCUGAUGCAACAGUGCUGGCUUUUGCUGACAUGAUGAGGAAGAAGAUCACCAUGCCGGCCUAUAUGAUGUAUGAUGGCCGUGAUGAUAACCUUUUCGGCAACUUCUCAGCUGUUGCUCAGCGCCUCGGCGUAUACACUGCCAAAGACUAUGCCGACAUCCUCGAGCACUUGAUCAGUGUAUGGAAAGUGGGUGAUUUAAGAGGACUAUCUGCUCAAGGGCAGAAAGCUCAGGAAUAUGUGUGUGGGCUGAGUCCAAGAAUUAGAAGGUUACAGGAGAGAGCUGAGACGAGGGCGGAGCAAGGAGCAUGGAUCCCGUUUAGUUGGAUACACGGCAGACAAGUGCAACUAUAAGUUCAUCAACAGGUUCUGUUUGUUUUACAACAUUUCGGCCGAUUCGCUGCUUGUCUGUGCUAAGGGUUAUGUCAGGAUUCGGAGGCAGGCGGUUUUGGACCUCCGACCGCUGGGACCUCCGGAAAAUAAGGACCCAAUUAAUAUUUAGGUCUAUAUAUAGGUUCUAGUGAGAUUGUUAUUUUUCGUGAGAUAUGAAAAUAAUGAAUAAAUCAAUAUAUAGUGCUGAAUAAAGCAUUAUAUAGUGUUAAAUAACGAUAUUAAAAAAAUUAGUAAAU